GUAAUUUUUAGACUUGUGAUGUGAUUGACGUGAUUUGUGUUUUCUUUAAAAAAUAUCAACAAAUAAUAUUUUUAAUUUACCAAAUGUUUUAUUUCUUAUAAACUAUAAAAUUGAUAUGUCCUAUAGUGCCUGUUCACAGUAAAAGAAGUUCGACAUGGAUGGAGCCGACACGGCGUCCUUGCGCGCCAACGCGGCGCAGUGGAGCCUGGCUGGAGACAAGCAGCUACUUGAUGUCCUUCACAAUAUUCAUGAACGCCUCGUGUCGAGAUGUCAGGAGACGAACAGAAAGUUAGAUGAAAUGGUCUCAUCGCUAGAUGACGCUUCAAUUGAUCUACAGAAUGUAAACAACAAGUUUAUGGCCUUAAGUAACAGUCAAUUCAUAGAGAGUCGAGUUUAUGAUGAUGAUGUGGAAGUGAAGGAAUCGACUGAGGAGCCAAAAGAACCCCCAAAACCAGUGGACCCCUCGGUAGAGUUAGAGAAAUUAAAACAAGGCCUAAAAGUAUUGGAGAGCAUGCACGAACCACUGCACAUAUUGCACGACACGGACAGUGAAAGUGACACUGAGGACGAAGACGCCGGAAGGCUAAUUCUAAAACCUAAAGACUUAUAUGCAGACCGUCCUCUGCCCUAUAUCAUUGGAUCAACUGCUUGGAAGAGCAAAUGGCAUGCUGGAUUACUGCCUGAUGACAGUGACACAGAGAGCAGCGUAUCCAAGCCGGACAGAGAAAUGGUUCAGUAUUCAGACUCGGAACCAGAGAUUACCAACAUACAAACAGACAAACCGGAUACGAACAACGACAGAACUGUAUCCACCACCAGUUCAGAGCUGGUGUCCGAACAGGAUGUAUCAUCGGUGAAGCCGUCUCCAUCAGAUGUCGCUGCGGAGCUAGCCAGGAGACUCGGGGGACAGAUGCCCACGAUACCAGACUAUGAACCAGAGUAUACACCUCCAAAUCCAGUAACAAGGAAAGUGUACAGACCAGAACAGCCUAUCACCAGUACAGUAUUUGCUGAUGAACCACCACCUCUUGACGCUUACUCUGAUGAAGAAAGUCAAGAAGACGACAUAUUUGCAGAACUGCACAAAAGUAAACCUUACGCCAAUAAAAAUAUGCAGCAGAGUCGUGUCACCCAAGAUCUGUUUGGCGGAUUAGACCAAGAAAAAGAGGAUGAUAGUAUAUUUAACGAUUUUGAAGAGCCACAGAAACCUGCUAUCCAAAGACAAUACUUAAAUAUUGGUGAAUCAGAACCGGAAUUAUUUGUAGAUACUCCGAAACCAAAGAUAAAACAAGAUACAACUUCCAUUGAAAGUGGCAGUAUUAAGAAACCAGUGGGUGGUAUAUCUCUAUUUGGGACAAAUAAAGGAACAGAAAUUGGUGCUGCUAUUUUAAAACGUAAUCGAAGACAAUCAUCAACAGAUGAAGAUACCGGCAAUGAAGAGGUCACGAAAAAUAUACAAGAAGAUCGCAAAUCAAAAGAAAAAGAUAUUUUUGAUGAUCUUUUUGCCAAAUCAAUAAAGGACCAAAAGAAGGUUGAAAACAAGAUAGGAAAAAUUGAAAAAGAACAGAAAGAAAUAAAGAAAGUAGAUUUAUUUAGCGAUAAUUUCUUUGAUGAUAUAGAUGAUAUUUUUACUACAAAUAUUACCAAAGUACCUAUCAAAGAAUCGACUAAAAAUAAAAAAUCAUUGUUUGAUGAUGAUGAUGAUGACGAUCUGUUUUCUGAUAUUUCCGUGGCAAAAUCCACCAAACAAGAAAUUACAAAUAAAAUUACACACAGUGAUAAAAGUAUUUUUGAUAGUGAAGAUGAGUUAUUUUCCGAGAAAAUUGUUGAAAAGACUGUAAUAGAUACCUAUAAAGAUGGUGCUAAUAAUGCUAGUGAAUUUAAUGUAGAUAAAAUUAUAAAACAAUCUAAAGUAUUUGAUGACAGUGACAUACUUAAUACUAAAAAUGAUGUAAAAUCUUCAAUAAGUUUAAAUCCUGAUAACAACGAUCAAACAGUUAAGUCAGUAAAAACAGUAGAAACAUGUACAUAUAAGCCACAAACAACAAAUAUAGGUUUUGAAGAUACUAAAUUAAUCAAUGAUAAUCUAAAAUCGAGUCCUUCGUUAUUUGAUGAUGAUGAAGAUGACAAUAUUUUUAGUUCAAAACCAACUGUAAAAACGAGUACUGAUAGUAUAAAAGUUGAUAAUAUUGAUAAAGCUAAUACAAUUACAAAAAGUCUGAAAAAGUCAAUAUUUGGUGAUAGUAAUAGCGAAGACGAAAGUGAUUUAUUUUCUGGGAAAACUGAAUUUUCUAGACAAUUACCAAACUUAAAGGAGAUCUAUAAGGCAAACAGUGAAAGUGAUGACGGUAAUGAAGAAAACAGAACUGCAUUAUUUACAAAGAUAAAUUUUGAGAAGAAAAAUGAUAAUAAUCCACAUACAGAACCCAAUACGUUAUCUGAAAAAUUGGAAAAUAAUAACAAAGAAAUCGUCUCCAAAAGUGACGAAAAUCGUAAUCUUAAGACAACAAACACAAUAAAACCAGUGGAAAAAGAAUCGCUUUUGUUUGAUAAUGAUUGGGAGGAUAAUUUACUUGUAAAGCGUAAUGAGAUUCCUAGAAAUAAACCAGUAACAGUAAAAUCUGUACUAUUCGACGAUGAACCAGACGAUGACAUAUUUAAUACAAAACAAACAAAAGAAAAAGAUUUUACUUCAGAAGAUGUGGGUGAAAAUCAUCAAAAUAUUUUGAGUGAUGAUUUGAAAGACCAUUUAUUUGCUGGAACCAAUAAAAAUUUUGCAAAUACUACCAGUAAAGAAAAUAACUCCAUGAAAAAGAAUAUAUCCAAUGUAUUAAAUAGUGAUUCAAGCAAAGAAAAUAUCCAAAUUAAUAUGUCAAAAACGCUGCAAUAUAAAAAUGAGGAGGAUAAUACUAAAUCGCAAGUAUCUGAUGACGAUACUUUAAGAAAUAAAUCAUUUACAGAAAAGCAAAAUGUAUUAAAAAAUAAUGAAAUUGCUGAUGAGUCAGAAACACAAAUGAAACAACAAUCUACUUCAAGUAUCUUAGAGACUAAACAUGAAAGUAUAGAGAAUACUGAAUUGAAUGUUAAUAAAAACGUAUCAUAUGAAUCGGAAAAAACAGAUCAAAAGAAAUCAUUUUUGAAAGAUGAUAAUUUAAACGAUAAUACAACUGGAGCUUUAUUUACUCAAGAGCAAAUUUCAGUGUUUAAUAAACAGGAUGUAUUUAGCGAUUUAUUUAGUGAACCGCCAGAGUUUGAAAAAUCUAAGGAACCUAAAAAAAGUAAAAAUGUUAACGCUUUGUUUGAUGAUGAUUCAGAUGAUGAAGCAUUAUUUUUCAAGAAAAAUGAUCCUACUUUAGAUGAAAAACCAGAUGUGAUAUCGCCUCUUAACGAAAAUAGAUUAUUUGGUAUAUUCCAUGAUGAACCACCGGCCAUGGACAUUGAUUUUAUAGACAAUUCCAAUAAAUUAUUAGAUGAUAAUUUAUUUAGUGAAGUUGAUUCUGGUUUAUUUGCCCAAAAAUCUAUAAUUACAGAUACUAAAAUGAAGCCUGAAGUUGUAAAAAAGACAAAUAUGGAGCCUCCUGAUGAAACUAAAUUAAUAACAGAAACUGAAAUAAAGAAACCCAUAGGAAAACUCAAAACAAUGAACUUUAAUAUAGAUGUAAAUGCUUUAUUACCUGGCGCCUCACCAAAAAAAGUGAAAGGAGAAGAACAAGCUGAUGGAUCAAGUAAGUCAAUAAAAAGUGAAGAAACUGUAAACAUAAAAAACUCUGAAGUUGGUGAAACGGAAUCCAAAAUAAUUAAAUCUGUAAGUUUCGAAGGAGAUCCUGAUUCAAGUGUACUAGAUAAUAAAUUAUCUAAAGAAAGAGCCAAGAUACAAGUGAAGAGACGCCCUUCUACUAGAAGAGCUAGAAAAGAAGCUGCAAGAAAAUCCGCUAUAGAUUUCGGUGAUGAUACUACUGAUAAUUCGAGUUCUAUUGAUGAUCCUCCAAAAAUUAUCAAUUUAGAAUCAAAUAUAAAACAACACAUAGAAAACGAAACGCCAAAAAUUGCCGAUAAGACUAAUGGUUCAAAAGUUGAUCCUUUUGAUUCAAAUAUAAAAUAUGAUAUAGAAUCAAAUAUACCAAAAGAAGUGAAAUCUAAAGUAGUUUAUGUGUUACAUGAUGAAGAUAUAUUCACAAAUAUAAAUACUAAUCAAACUUUACAAAAGAAUGAAGUUUCAAAUAUCGUCGACGUCGUAAAGUCUUCAGGCACCGAUAAUAAAAAUGAACACGGUAGUAAAACAAAUGUAGACAAUGAAGAAAAUAUUAAAAGUACAGAAAUCAUCAGUUCAGUUGGUAAAACCAGCUCAACUAGUGCUGAAGAAGACAUAGGUACAAAGAGUCUUGAAAAAGAAACCAAGGAUAAGGUAAAAAGCAAGUAUAAUACAGUGAACUCAGUGGGGACUAUAGAGAAUACUUCCGAGAUUACAUCAAUCACAAAAGUGAAAAAGUCUAUUUUCGAUGAUUUAAGUGACGACGAGAAUGAAUUAUUUAAUAAAAGUAAACCUAAAACCAAGGAUAUAUUUGAUUCCGAUAGUGAAGGUGAGCUUUUUGGCAAAAAGAAUAUUAAAGAAAGAAAGAGAAUUGAGGUGAAGAAGACGCUGUUCAGUGAAGACGAAGAAGAUGAUUUGUUUGGUGCUAAAGCAAAUAAGACCACAGGUAUUACAGAGAAACCAGCACGACAAACAGUACAAACAGCGAGAGAGAUAGUUCCGAAACCAACUGAGCCAGUGUUCGAAGACCCCUUAUCUCUAUUUGGAGGAGAUGAUGAUUAAGAUGUGUUGAGUAAUUAAAAGACGAUGGAGUUAAUUGCUUUUUUCAUGCCGUUGAAGUCGACCAGGUAUGGGGUAAUAUUAUGAUACCGCAUACAGGAAAAAUAAAUUAUGUUAUGGAUAAAGUAGAAAGUGAAAUGUCAGAUUAAAGUGCAUAUUAUGUACGAAUUUAAAGAAUUUUGCAUACCCCAUAUAGAAAACGACAGUAAAAAUAGUGGCGGCAAUAAAUACCUAAAUUAAAUGAAUAUUGACAAUAUUGAUAUAAGUACAUACAAACGAUGUCUAAAUGACAUACAAUUUCAGAAGCACAUUAAGUUUGGUGCACGUUAUUGUAUUUUUGAACAUACACUGUAAAGGAGGCAUCCAUUAAUUAUUGAGAUAUAUUUAUUUAAACUUCUCCUUUGUGAGAUGUUUUGUGGUAUGUGAUAUUUACCUCUGAGAUUUUAAACUAUUAAUCAAUUAUAUAAUUUCCCAUUCGUGUUUCUACCGUAAAGCAGUUGCUUACAUUGCUGUGUUUUGGUUUGAAGAUAUGGCAGUGAAUUUUCAGCGUAUAAAGGUUUAGUCCUCAGGAAUAGCGACACAUGGGGGGUAUCAUGGGCGAAACAGUCUAUUAUAUCCAUGAUACUGUUCAUGUCUAUAGGCGACGGUUGCCACUUUCCAUCAGGUGGGCCCUCAACUUGUUUGCCAUUCUGUUACAUAAAAAAAAUUAAAAUACUUCAUUUUACUGUGUUCAUUAAAAUUAUAUUGAUUUAUUAUUGAUAUUUAAAUUUAUAUGAUAUGUAGCUUAAUUCACUAAAUAUAUUUUGCUUUAUUUCAUUAAAUAUCUAAGUUUUAACUAUGCAAUUUGUUGUUAUAAGAUUUUUAAUGCAGUCUUUUCCUAUAAAUGAAAUUUAAUAAGAUAACAGACCUAAGGCUUUACGUAAUUUAUGUAUGCCCCCUCAUACUAUUGUUGUCUGUCUCUAUAGAGCUUAUAGCUACAAUUCAUGAGCAAUGUUGAGUAAAUACGUGAAUAAGUGUUGUGUCCGCAUAAAAUGUUGAGAGGUAAUUUUUAAUAUUUACAUUUAUUUUCAUAUUUAAUACUUUUCUUGUUAUUUAUUUACAUUGUUUUUUAUAUACGCAAAAGCUUUUAAAAUCAAGUAUUUUCAUGUAUAUGUUUAUCGCGUAAAAGUUGUUAAUAGUAGCUAUUUAAAAAUAAAGCUACCUUAAUAUAGUAGAUUAUAUUGAUACCUAUUUUUAAAUAUAAAAUGUUGAAAUGAAAUCAUUGUGAAUCGUAUAAAGAUUUUCAUUACGAUUAUAUUAAUGUUUAUGUCGAUAAUGUCUUCUCUAGCGCCUCUAGCGGAUGGUUUCAGAAACACAUUUUCAUAUAAACAAGGACGUAAACGUAAAUGCGUUCAUAACAUAAAUGUUUGUACAACUAACUCUAGACACCUAUAUUUUGAAACAGACUAUCACUUAUCGUUUGUGAUGGAAUAAAUUACAAUGUUAUUGAUAAUUCUAUCUCACACAUUCCAAUAACGAAAUAUAGUUUUUUUUUUUUGCUGUAAAUGUUAUAAUUUAUAAUACUCUUUAUAUUUAAUUUAUGUUAAAAUAUAUAGUAAUAUAGUAUUUUAAAAUGUACUGCAAAAUUUUUAAAUCAAUUUCCAAGGAUUCCAAUAAUUUGCAAUUAAAAAGUUAUAAAUAUAUAAGUUAAUAUAUAACUUUAUAAUAUAUAACGUUGUGAUAAAAUACCAGUAUUUUUGAUGGUUCGCAGCAUUUCCGAUCGAUUCUCCUCACUGUAUAGGAGAACACAAAAGAAGUUUCAAUUACUAAUAUUUUUAAUAGAUACUUAAAAAUAUUGUACAAAAUUUUGUUUGUUUUUUUGUUAUACGAAGAAUAUGCAGUGCAUUUUUAGUAUCAUAUUACGCAAAUUCGUAUUAUGAAAGUAUUUCUUUUUAGAAACUGUAAUUAAAAUUAUUGUAAUAAUAUAUCUAUAAUUAUAGUUUAUCAACGAACUACAAUGCUGUGGAAUGAAUAUUUUAUUCAAAUAACAGCACCACGCGAACCCGAUCAAGUAAGCGCUUGUUUUAAUACACUGUGCAGGCUCGAUGAAUCGCACGUGUAUAUGGACUGUAAUCUUACUAUACUAAUAUAAUAAAAUUGUAAUUAGAUCAUGUUUGUACGUGAGAGGUAUUUAAGAAUAUGAGGAGUCUAAUUAACUAAUAAUGAUCAAUCUGAACAUCGUAAUUAUUUGUUGCAACCUAAUAAACUUAGUUGUGUCUGCUUUCAAAUAGUUUUCUAAUUUAAAAGCUAAUCCUUGAAUUGCGGCUUUUCAACUUUUAGACUACAUAUUUUGAUCUGGCGUGUGGAGCAUUUUUUUUCUCUUAUAGGUAAUUUUGAAUUAUACUUCCAUAGUAUCAUAGUUCGUUGUUAGUAAUCAAAAUUGUAUAAAAAAAUUGUUUUUAAGUUUUUAAAUUAAGGUGUAAUUAUAAUUAAUAAGGUGCCGAAUUUAUUGUAAAUAAAUGUUAAUAUAUUUAAAUUAUGUUUUGUUUUGAAAUUUUCAUAAUUUUAAAGAAUUUAUAAAUAAAAUUAUCUUU